AUGUCUUAUUUUCUACGUGUUGCGCGGGGCUUCUCGAACCCCUCCAAGCAUCAACCGUUCCUCCUCCGUGCAUUCUCAAACACCCCCCGCCGAAGUGCGAUCAACAAGGUCCUCCCCUCGGCCGCUGAAGCCAUCAAGGACAUGAAGUCCAACUCCACGGUCCUGGCCGGCGGAUUUGGUCUCUGCGGUGUGCCAGAUACCCUCAUUGAAGCUGUACAUGCUAAUAAGUCCAUCACUGGCCUAACCGCCGUCAGCAACAAUGCCGGCAUCGACGGGGCAGGCCUUGGCCUCCUCCUCGCCAGCGGACAGAUCAAGAAGAUGAUCGCCAGCUACGUAGGGGAAAACAAGACCUUCGAGCGCAUGUAUCUCAGUGGCCAGAUUGAACUGGAAUUGACCCCGCAGGGAACCCUGGCCGAACGCUGUCGUGCCGGUGGCGCUGGCAUCCCAGCCUUUUUUACCCCCGCAGCCUUCGGAACCGUCGUCCAAACCGGCGAACUCCCACUGAAACACAACGCAGACGGCACCGUUGCGUCCUACAGCACCCCACGCGACGUCAAGGUCUUCGACGGCAAGAGCUACGUCAUGGAGGAAUCCAUCAAGGGCGACUACGCCUUCGUCAAAGCCUGGAAGGCCGACAGACUGGGUAACUGCCAAUUCCGCUUCUCGGCCGCCAACUUCAACGGCGCUAUGGGCCGCAAUGCCAAGAUGACCAUCGUCGAGGCUGAGGAGAUCGUCGACGUCGGCGAGAUUGACCCGGCCGCUGUACACCUGCCGGGCAUCUAUGUUAAGCGCGUCGUUCAGAGUACGACGGAGAAAAAGAUUGAGAAAUACACCUUUGCCAAGGAGGACGGUGAGGGCGCUGACAUGGCCGCAUUGGGCAAAGGCGAUACGGCUAGCAAGCGGGAACGCAUCGUCCGUCGUGCUGCGAAGGAGUUCAAGAAUGGAAUGUACGCGAAUCUGGGCAUUGGAAUGCCGAUGCUUGCUCCCAACUUUGUAGAUCCGUCUGUGGAGGUGCAGUUACAAUCUGAGAAUGGGAUAUUGGGACUGGGUCCGUAUCCGAAGAAGGGCAUGGAGGAUCCGGAUUUGAUCAAUGCGGGCAAGGAAACUGUCACGCUCUUGCCCGGUGCUGCGGUGUUUGGCAGUGAGGAAUCGUUUGGCAUGAUUCGGUCCGGAAGAAUCAAUCUGACUAUCUUGGGUGCCAUGCAAGUCAGCGCGAAGGGCGAUUUGGCUAACUGGAUGCUUCCGGGCAAAAUCAAGGGCUUCGGCGGCGCCAUGGACCUCGUCUCGAACCCUAGCAUGACCAAGGUCGUUGUCACUAUGGAACAUACAGAUAAGAAGGGCAAUCCCAAGAUCCUUAAGCAGUGCGAGUUCCCGCUCACGGGCCGUGCGUGCGUGAGCCGGAUUAUCACUGAGCUCUGUGUGUUUGAUGUUGAUUUCACGGAUGGGUUGACGCUGAUUGAGCUUGCGGAUGGGGUGACUGUUGAUGAAGUGCGGGCAAAGACGGAGGCGCCGUUUAAGGUUGCGGAUGUGGUUGGGUCUAUGUUGUGA